CCAUGUCUAUGUAAACAGAUAAGAUAUAAAACAGGAGAAGAUUAGGGAUUGACUGCGGCAAAUGAGUCAAUUUGGUCUUCUCUUUGGCUUCCCAUCAGAAUUCUCUCCCUCCCCCGUGUGAAAACAGAAUAAAGAAGCUCCUCUUGCUUCUCUUACCCCAUUUCUCGUACUGUGUCCGGUGUCCCUCCCCCUUCAUUUUCUCGGGAAAUCUCUCUCUUCUCCUUUCCCAUCUCCCAAAACCCUCUUUCUCUUUCAGCGAUUCUCCUGUCCAAGCAGCGACUGGGUUCGUUGGUUUUGCAUCAGAAUUCUCUCUCUCUUUUCCCAGACAAAUAAGUGAAAGAAACCAAAAAAAAAGUUUCGCCCUUUUGGCUCCAUCGAUUGAUAAUCUCUCCUUCACUUUCCCAUCAAAAUCUACUUUGGAUUGUGAAUCCUUUUACUCUGCUUUUUGACAAGAGGGAAAAAAAUAGAGACAUGAGCUGCCUCUUCUUGUUCAGGUCAAAGAAACACAAAAGCAAGGAUAUCCAGAUGAACAAUGAUAACAACAGACGGAGAAGAGACUCAUUACCAAGGUCAGCUCCCGAAUUGACGGCGAGGAGGAACCCUUCAGAUCCAUCCCCUUCAUUCAAUCUUCCAACACCCAGAUCUCUGCCUUCUCCGAGGAGUAUCGGUGAGUUGUACAGAGAGAGGGAAGACAGCAACAACCUCAGGGUUUUUUCUUACAGGGAACUCAGCGACGCCACGGACGGGUUCAACCGGAAGCUGAAGAUCGGAGAAGGUGGAUUCGGUAGUGUUUAUAGAGGCAGGCUUUUGAUCGGCGGUUCUGAUUCUCCACUUGUCGUCGCCAUUAAGAAACUCAACCAGCGAGGCCUACAGGGUCACAAGGAAUGGCUGAGAGAGGUUGAGUUUCUGGGAGUGGUGAAGCAUCCAAACGUGGUGAGACUGUUGGGAUAUUGCUCGGAGGAUGGGGAGAGAGGGAUCGAACGUCUAUUGGUUUACGAGUUCAUGCCUUACCGUAGCCUAGAGGACCAUCUCUUCGGCCGCUCUUUGCCAUGGAAACAGAGACUCGAGAUCAUGCAUGGUGCCGCUCUAGGCCUUUCCUAUUUGCAUUCUGGUCUCCCCAUCGAGGUGAUAUACCGAGACUUCAAGUCCUCGAACGUGCUUCUGGACGAGGAUUUUAGGCCUAAGUUAUCGGAUUUCGGCCUCGUGAGAGAAGGGCCACAGGGCGACAACACCCAUGUCACUACUGCUAGGGUGGGAACACAAGGCUAUGCGGCUCCAGAGUACGUGAGGACAGGCCAUCUGAGGUCACAGAGUGACGUGUACAGCUUCGGGGUGGUGCUUUACGAGAUCAUCACUGGCCGCCGCACCAUUGAAAGGAACAGACCCGCCGGGGAGGAGAAGCUCUUAGAGUGGGUGAGACAGUUCCCGGCGGAGAGCAGGAGGUUCAGCAUGAUCGUCGAUCCUCGUCUUAGGAACAACUAUAGGGCCGCCACGGCCAGGAGAGUGGCCAAACUGGCCGACUCGUGUCUGAACAGGAACGACAAAGAGCGUCCGUCCAUGGCUUAUGUGGCGGACACCCUGAAGAGCAUCAUCGAGGAAUGCGACGGUGGAGAUUCUUCCACGAGCCGCCAUCUUCCGGGAGGACCAGUGCGGGGAAGUUCGAGGGGUAUUAGCGUGAGAGGUUAGUUUGACCAAUCGUAUAAUAUUCCAUUACUCCUAUAUAGUAUAGGUGGUAUUUUUUUAUUUUAUUUUUAUAUUGAUAUCAAACCCCCUCCGUUAAUGUAUUACUUAUUAUUGUAACUUUAUUUUAUUAGUAUUUUUUCCCCUUAAA